GGUGGUGGUGGUGGGGAGAGUCUUUGCGACAGUGUCGCGCGGUUCGCUUCCGAGCCGUAAAGCUGGCCGCGGAGCCGCCCCCUGCCGAGGCCGCGGCGGACGUGCGCGGCCAUGGCGGACAUGGAGGAUCUCUUCGGCAGCGAUGUGGACAGCGAUGCGGAGCGCAAAGAUUCUGAUUCUGGAUCUGACUCGGAUUCGGAUCAAGAGAACGUUGCUUCCGGCAGUAAUGCUUCUGGAAGUGAAAGUGAUCCGGAGGACCGGGGAGAAGGAAAACCAAGUAAUAAAGAACUGUUUGGAGAGGACAGUGAGGAGGAGGGGGCGUCUCAGCAUAGUGGCGGCAGUGAUAACCGCUCGGAAAGGUCAGACAACAGGUCAGAAGCAUCAGAGUGUUCCGACCGGGAAGAUAACGACCCCUCAGAUGUUGAUCAGCACAGCGGGUCCGAAGGCCAGAACAACGAUGAGGAUGAAGGCCACCGAUCAGACGGGGAGAGCCAUCACUCGGAAGGCGAAGGUUCUGAGAAAGCACAGUCUGACGAUGAAAAGUGGGGCCGAGAAGACAAAAGCGACCAGUCAGACGACGAGAAGAUGCAACAUUUCGAUGACGAUGAGCCGGCACAAGCCUCCGACGAAGAUAAACUCCCGAACUCAGACGACGAUGAGAAGAUGCAGAACACAGACGAUGAGGAGAGGCCUCAGCUUUCGGACGACGAGAGACAGCAGCUGUCGGAAGAGGAGAAGGCCAACUCUGACGACGAGCAGCCAGCAGCUUCUGAUAACGACGAGGAGAAACAGAAUUCUGAGGACGAAGACCAGCCACACAUGUCUACUGAGGAGAAAAUGCAAAAUUCCGAUGAUGAAAGGCCCCAGGCCUCAGAUGAAGAAGCCAGACAUUCAGACGACGAAGAGGAGCAGGAGCACAAAUCAGAAUCUGCAAGGGGCAGUGAUAGUGAAGAUGAAGUUUUAGGAACAAAGCGCAAGAACGCAAUUGCAUCUGAUUCAGACGCGGACAGUGACACCGAGGUGCCCAAAGACACUAGUGGAACCAUGGACUUGUUUGGAGGUGCAGAUGAUAUAUCGUCGGGGAGUGAUGGAGAGGAUAAGCCGCCCACUCCAGGGCAGCCUAUUGAUGAAAAUGGAUUGCCCCAGGACCAGCAAGAGGAGGAGCCAAUUCCUGAGACCAGAAUAGAAGUGGAAAUCCCUAAAGUAAACACUGAUUUAGGAAAUGACUUGUAUUUUGUGAAACUGCCCAACUUUCUCAGUGUAGAACCCAGACCUUUUGAUCCUCAAUAUUAUGAAGAUGAAUUUGAAGAUGAGGAAAUGCUGGACGAAGAGGGUAGAACCAGAUUAAAAUUAAAGGUAGAAAAUACCAUAAGGUGGAGGAUACGUCGGGACGAAGAAGGAAAUGAAAUUAAAGAAAGCAACGCACGGAUUGUCAAAUGGUCGGACGGAAGCAUGUCUCUGCAUUUAGGCAACGAAGUGUUCGAUGUUUACAAAGCUCCGCUGCAGGGCGACCACAACCAUCUCUUCAUCAGACAGGGGACGGGUCUGCAGGGACAAGCUGUCUUUAAAACCAAGCUCACUUUCAGGCCUCACUCCACAGACAGCGCCACACAUAGGAAGAUGACUCUGUCCCUCGCAGACAGAUGUUCCAAGACCCAGAAGAUUCGCAUCUUGCCCAUGGCGGGUCGUGACCCUGAGUGUCAGCGCACAGAAAUGAUCAAGAAAGAAGAGGAGCGCUUGAGGGCGUCCAUCCGCAGGGAGUCUCAGCAGCGCCGGAUGCGAGAGAAGCAGCACCAGCGGGGGCUCAGUGCCAGUUACCUGGAGCCCGACCGCUACGACGAGGAAGAGGAGGGCGAGGAGUCCAUCAGCUUGGCUGCAAUCAAAAACCGAUACAAAGGGGGCAUUCGAGAGGAAAGAGCCAGAAUCUAUUCUUCAGACAGCGAUGAGGGCUCAGAUGAGGAUAAGGCUCAGAGACUCCUCAAGGCCAAGAAACUCAACAGUGAUGAGGAAGGUGAGCCUUCCGGAAAGAGAAAAGCAGAGGAUGACGAGAAAGCAAAUAAAAAACAUAAGAAGUACGUGAUCAGUGAUGAAGAAGAAGAUGAUGAUGACUGAAGUACAAAAAUGUGAAAACGUUUUAUAUAUUUUAUUGUACAGUUUUGUUUUAUAAAUAGGAUGUAAACAUAGUUAUUUUGAUCGAAAUGAAUCGAUUUGCUUUUCUGUAAUUUUAAUUGUAAUAAAGCACUUUCUAAAGCAA